AUGAGCUCGUCUGCCAAGCGCCCUGGGCGCCUCGGGGGCACCAAGUCCAAGACCGGGUGCGAUACAUGCAAAAUUCGCCGCGUAAGGUGUGGAGAGGAGAAACCACACUGCCUGAGAUGUACUAGUACAGGACGGCGGUGUGCCUAUGGCGGGGGUCAUGCCAGGACCAUUAUCGGGCGACUCCAGCCGGACAUCACACCCUACACAAGUCAGGGAUCGCGAGAGCGUCGUUCUUUCGAAUUUUAUUUCCACCAAGCUGGCCCAUCACUUUCAGGAGUCCUGGAUCAGGCUUUCUGGAGAGGAUCCGUCCUCCAAAUAUGCCGGGUAGAGCCACUUAUCUGGGAUGCGAUCAUCUCGCUUAGCGCGCUCUACGAGCGACCUCCCAUUUACGAGACGUCGCCGUGGUCGCUUAUAAAUGAUCCCGCCGCGGUACGACAUGAGUACCAUCACGAAGCGCUGGUCUGGUACUCGCGCUCACUGGCUCUUCUACAGCAACGUAUUAAUCAGGGCACGGCGGACCUGACGGUGUCCUUGGUCAGCUGCAUUCUCUUUAUUGCCAUUGAGCUUUUACAAGGAAGCCGCAAAGCUGCUCAGAUCCUGUACAAACAUGGUGCGCAGCUGGUUUUCAGUGCUUCGUCAACAGCGACUUCGACUAUUGCAACCCUCGAGCCUAUCUUUCGCCGUCUGGGGACAUGGGUCUUCCUCACCAAUGGACUACCUGAAGAAAGCUGCGAUCUUCAUUUGGCUGUUCCAGACGAGCAAUUCAAAUCCAUCGAAGAGGCGAGGAACGUCUUGUGUAGCAUUGUAGCCGAAAUGAAGGCCCUUAACAUUGACUCCAAAGCUUAUAUACACCGAACAGCAGAUGGCCGGCUGCACGAGGUAUCGGAGUUGGCGGCCAGACAACAGCACCUGAAAACCCGACUCGCUCAAUGGUAUCGCCUCUUUACAGACUUGAACCCUAUGCUUACCUCGAACGUCGACGGUGCAACUGCGCUUCUUCUAAUGACAUAUAAGAGUGUCUUCAUCGAAGCAGAAGCCAUGCUGAACCCUGAUCAAAGUGUAUAUGACGCCUACGAAUCUGAAUUCGCCCAGAUCAUUGACCUGGCCCCCACCGCGGUUGCAUGGACACGCAGCUCGGAAGGGAAACAACCACCAUUCAUGUUUGAGAUGGGCGUGUUCCUUCCACUUUUCAUAACAGGGCUCAAAUGCCCCUUCCCACAACUACGCCGCCAGGCGUUACGGUACAUGGGGGAAGCUCCCCCGGCACAAGGGCUGUUCAUGUGCACUCCGGCCGCUCAUAUCGUGGCCAUUCUUAUUGGGCUAGAAGAGAACCCCGACACCAUGCCAGAAAAGGUCUCGCAGGUAUAUGAGCUGCUGGCCAAACCGGGGCAUAUCCCACCAGCCCAGCAUCGCACAUGUGAUUUUAGUGUGUCGUCAGUCAUGGAUAGGCAUGGUAGGACGCGGAAUUUGUUGAAUUAUACACUUUACCAUUUUGAUGAUGAGGGAAGGAUACAAAUCGUCGAGAAAACGCUGCCAUUCCCUGCAUGA